AAUAGGGUAAUUCCUGCAAUUAUGUGCAAUUAUGAUAGUAGAUCGAUAGCUCGAGACUUUCAAAUCGGGUCUCUUGAUUUCGUUGGCUAGCAGCCUGUACAGUUUUAUUAAGCGCCGCACGAAUAAAACUGACAGGAAGGCGGUGAAGGAACUUUGCAGCAAGUUCCUGGAGAAGGAGCAAUGGCAAAGCUGUUCCCAGGAGUGACGGCGCGUGGAUAUUUCGCCGAUGCGAUUCACAACUUCAAUGAACAAAUCCAUGAAGCCUGCCUGAUGCAGUGUCCAAAGGAGCGGAUAUUCGCAAGCUGGUCGGCAAUGGCAUCAAGCUGCCCGGCGAGGAGCACGUGGGCACACCGCGGGUGAGCGCCAAAGAUCGAAACCGUUGCCUAUGUGAGUUCUAAGGGAAAGUACGGCAUCCGGAGAUUGCCCUCCGCCGGCUAUAGGAUGGUCACCAUGCAUCGGAAAGCCAAGAAACCAGUCGCUGGUGAGGAGGAACAGGAAUUUCCUUCUGUUCCAUCGCCACCUAGGGUGGAAUUUCUCGAUUGUGAUCUCUUGUCCGGGCGAUGUGAUCCCUACAAGCAACGCAUCCAUGUUCCCGAAGAGAUUGCUAAAUCUCUCCGCCGGGCGGACUAGAAAAACUUGGACGCAAACAGGCUGAUACCCACUGCUAGCUACUACAAGAUCCGUAGCAACCUGCUAGCCACUACUCAAACACUGAAACAAAAGGAGCACGAUGUGCGGCAUUUGUUGGUCACCGGUCGCAGACCACAAUUCAUGAAGUCAACGACAUUGUCUAUAACUUUCAAGGAACACUCAGACGAAUGGAAAAAAGUAGUUCUGAAAGAUGUCAUCGCACCAAAGAAAUAGAAGCGUAAAUCGAAAACAGGGAGCAAAUCCCUGUAAAUGGAGCAGCAAAUAAUAUGGGGGACGUGGCUAUGAUCGAAAAAAACCUUCAUAUGUCAAAAAGCGAAUGAAAGCAAGGGACAAAGAAGUGGUUACGAUUAUUACAAACGACGACGGCGUGAAG